UGACUUCCUUCCUCCUAUACUUGCAAAUCAAGAAACACAACAAACAAUCCACAGGAAGUGAAAAUGUAUCAGCAUCCUCUUCCCAUUUUCUUUACGCCAUUGGUUCUCCUCCCAUUUUUUCUCCUUCCCCCUUUUUUGACUCUCUCCCACCUUUCUUUCACCGUUUCAUCCAUUCUUGAUUAAUAUAAAUUUUCUCCAACAAAAAGUGGAAGAAAUUAACGGCACCAUCUCUUUUAAGAGUAAAGAUUCAAUCUUUUUGGAGUGAGAAAGAGGAAAUGAGGAAGGCGGUUGUUGGUGCGGCGGUGGUUGGAACCGCUGCGGUGGUGGGAGUGGCGGCGCUGGUGGUGAGGCAGCGGAUGAAGCGUUGUGGGAAGUGGGCUCGAGCUAUGGCUCUUCUUAAGGAAUUUGAGGAGAAGUGUGCGACCCCGGAGGCGAAGCUGAAGCAGGUUGCUGAUGCCUUGACUGUGGAGAUGCAUGCUGGCUUGGCAUCUGAGGGUGGAAGCAAGCUCAAGAUGCUUAUCAGCUUUAUUGCUAAUCUCCCCACUGGUGAUGAGGAUGGAAUCUUUUAUGCACUAGAUCUUGGUGGCACAAACUUCCGCGUGUUGCGAGUGCAAUUAAGGGGUAGAGGAGGUGUUGUUCAUCAGGAAAUCGCUGAGGUGUCAAUACCACCAGCACUAACGGGAGGAACUUCAGAUGAGCUUUUUGAUUAUAUUGCGGAAAAACUUGCAAAUUUUGUUGCUGAAGAAGAACGACUAUUUCAUCAACCUCCAGUGAAGCAGAGGGAAUUAGGUUUCACUUUCUCAUUCCCCGUGAUGCAAACUUCAAUAAAUUCGGGAACUCUUAUUAGGUGGACGAAGGGCUUCGCUAUUAAUGAUGCCGUCGGCCAAGACGUGGUAGUUGAACUAACAAAAGCCCUGAAAAGAAAAGGUGUUGAAAUGAGAGUGGCAGCUUUGGUUAAUGAUACAAUCGGAACAUUAGCUCGAGGAAGAUAUACCAACAACAACGUUUAUCUUGGUGUGAUAUUAGGUACUGGAACUAACGCUGCAUAUGUAGAAUGUGCCCAAGCAAUUCCCAAGUGGCAUGGUCCUUUGCCUAAAUCUGGAGAAAUGGUUAUAAACAUGGAGUGGGGUAACUUCAGAUCAUCCCAUCUUCCAAUAACAGAGUAUGACCAUGCAUUGGACGUCGGAAGUGUAAAUCCUGGUGAACAGAUAUUUGAGAAGCUAACUUCUGGGAUGUACCUGGGGGAAGUUCUACGGCGAGUUUUACUUAGGAUGGCCACAGAAGCUUCCUUCUUCGGUGAUGAGGUUCCAUCCAAACUUAAAGAUCCAUUCAUAUUAAGCACACCUGAUAUGUCGGCUAUGCAUCAGGAUACAUCCUCUGAUCUAAGAGAAGUGGACAACAAACUAAGGACUGUACUAGAGAUAAGGAACACCCCCCUGAAAACAAGGAGAGUAGUGGUCGAGCUCUGCAACAUUGUGGCCACACGUGGGGCACGUCUUGCUGCCGCUGGCAUCUUGGGGAUCUUGAAGAAAAUGGGACGGGAUACUCCUCAGGAAGGAGACAGGAAGACGGGGAUAGCCAUUGAUGGCGGUUUAUACGAGCACUACACAGAAUACAGAAAGUGCUUAGAAAACACAGUGGGCCAGUUGCUCGGCGAGAAAACUGCAUCAAGCAUCGUGUUUGAGCACUCGACAGAUGGUUCAGGCAUCGGCGCCGCUCUUCUUGCCGCCUCCAACUCUCUUUAAGGCUAUCCUGAGAACAAUGUUGAUAUAAGUUUGCAGAAAAUGUGGCCAGGCAUCCAUGCUUUGUUUGAAUCAUCGGUAUGAUAUUGGGUGUUUCUUGAAUGAUAUUCAGCUGGAUAGGAUGCAGAAUCAGUGUAAUCUUUGGAGACCUGGAAGCAGAUGAUGAUGAUGAUGAAUAAUGAAUUCAAGAUUUCUACCUCAGAAUCUGUUGAUCCAUUUGUUAUGAGAUUUGAUCUCUCUGCAUGGGAGGGAGGGAUCACUGCAAGGGAAGAGAUUAUGAAUUCAACUCCCACCGAUCCUCUUAAUGAUGUCGUGUGUGUGUGUGUAUAUAUAUAUAUAUAGUAGUUUCUUCCAUCAGUUUUCGAUAUUUUUGUGAAUAAAAGUUAUUGUCAAUACUUAAAAAGUUUUGUAAUUUAAAUGUGUAAAUAAUGUUCUUGUUAAUAGUCAUGAGUUGGAA